UUGACUAGCUCAAAACAAGCGGACGAGAAGUACUGUCCAUUUGCCAUUGGACAUUCGUGAGCAAGACACGGACCCGCACGCAAAAAACAUAUUUUUCUGGCUAACAACUGAAAUAAUUUAUAAAUAACAACCGUCGCCCCCGCCAACGCCAACGAAUCAAAACUAAUUUCUGUACAAAUUAUGUCGCAUCUAUUGAAUAGCUUGGCACAGCCCGAGGUUGAGGAGACCAUCUUACCCUACGGCGAUUUGGAUGCAACGGCUCAGGAGCUCUUACGUGCCGCCCACCAGGUGCGCCAGCGCGCCUAUGCGCCGUAUAGCAAAUUCAAAGUGGGCGCCGCCUUUCGUGCCAAAGAAAACAGCCAGCAGGUAUUUACCGGCUGCAAUGUGGAGAAUGCUGCUUUUACGCCGACAUCGUGCGCCGAGCGUACGGCCAUCACCAAGGCCGUCAGCGAGGGCUAUCGCCAGUUCUCCGCCGGUGCGGUGGUCGCCUAUAAGCCAAAUGAGUUUGUCUCGCCCUGUGGCGUGUGUCGUCAGUUUAUCAGAGAAUUUGCGGGCGCCACUGAUUUACUCAUCUAUAUAGGCCAGGCCAAUGACACACGGUCGCCGCAGGAGCAACAGGAGGAGCCUUUCCGCAAUGACGAUCCAAUCCUUUGUACAUCGAUCUUCAACCUAUUACCCCGCAGUUUCCACACCUACAAAGAGAACUAGACAAAUUGCAAGAUAGUACCAAUUAUGUUGUACAAUAUUUUUUAUUAAAUGCA